GAAACCUCAUGUUUGUGAAGUAUGUAAAAUGUCAUUUACAGAAAAGCGGGGUUUAAACAAGCAUAUGGAGGGAACUUCCCACACUGGAGGGAAGCUUCAUGUGUGUGAAGUAUGUGACAAGUCAUUUAGACAGAGGUGCCAGUUAAGCAACCAUAUGUUUAUUCAUACUGGAGAGAAACCUAAUGCCUGUGAAGUAUGUAAAAUGUCAUUUAAUGAAAAGGGUGUUUUAAAUGAACAUAUGCUUAUCCACAUUGAAGAGAAACUGUAUUUAUGUCUAGUGUGUAAAAAAUCAUUUAGACAAAAGCGUGCUUUAAAGAGACAUAUGUUUGUUCACACAGGAGAUAAACCUCGUGUACUUCAUGAGUGUAAGGUAUGUCACAAGUCAUUUGGACAAAAGGGUGUGUUAAACAGGCAUAUGCUUCUUCACAAAGGAGAGAAACCACAUGUAUGUGAGAUAUGUAAAAAGUCAUUCAGAGAAAAGGGUAAUUUAAACAAGCAUGUGCUUAUUCAUACUGGUGAAAAACCAUAUCAAUGUGAGUUAUGUAACAAGUCAUUUAGGUAUAAAGGUAUUUUAAAGAGACACUUACUUACUCACACUGGAGAAAAACCUCAUGUGUGUGAUAUAUGUAGUAAGGCAUUUAGAGACAAGGGUAGUUUAAGAAAACAUGUACUUUUUCACACUGAUAAUUUGAUGUAAAUACCAGUUAGCUGUUUAUUUGUUUCUACAAGAAAAAUUCAUGUAUGUAAUAGAAAUCAGAAGUCAUUUUUAUUGCUGCUGUGUGAGUGCCAUGCAAUUUUACAUCUGCACAUUAAGAGUUAUAUUCAAGCAGCAUUAAUUAGAUAAAUUUAUACAGUAAGUUAUUUUACUCUUUAUUUUCAUAAACUUUCUUUUAUUAAGACGAUACAGUACAAAGUCCAAAAUCUGGAAUGAUCUAAAAUUCAAACCUCAAAGG